CAUAUUCGAAUUGGGGAUUAAUUAGGAUCAGGGAUUCAUUUUUUCUCUGCAUAAAGAAGAAGAAAAGACUACAGAGGGGUCCUCUGCACCCGUGCUUCUCACCGGCGUCGCCUACUACAAACGGAGGUGAGGGUGAAGGCGAUGACGACGACAAUGACGCCUACUACAGAGGGAGGUGAAUUCGACGACGACGUUGCUGGGGUUCUCCGCACCUGGGGUCUGUCAAAGUCGCCCGUUCCGUUCUUCCCUUCCGUCAAAGUCAAGACCCAACAAGUAUUGAAUCCUCUCUCUCACGGUAGACAGACUCUAUGGGUGGAAAAGCACCUACAAGCACCAAUUGUAAAGGCAAAGAAGCAACAAUCUAAGGAUGUCCAAAAUGAGUUCAACAUGAGGCUCACUCAGAUUGUUACCCAGUUCAAGGAACAAGGCUUAAAUAAUGAGCUCUACUACAAAAAUAAAGAAAUGGGAGAGACAAACAACAUUGUACCUACAAGUGCCAUUACUGAAGGCAUUCCAGAUAUGUUGUUACUAUUGGUUCAAUGGACUCAGAAAACUAUGGUUGAAAAGCUUACUUUCAGCAAUGAAGUGCAGUGUAUUGUAUUAGAGGUUAAGGUCAUUGAAGGUCAUGGGACAACUAUUGACGUUUUACUAGUCAACGGAGUACUUCAUGAAGGAGAUCAAAUUGUUAUUUAUGGCAUGAAAGGACCAAUUGUUGCUAGCAUUCGAGAAUUGUUAACACCCCAUCCCAUGAAAGAGCUCCGUGUCAAGGGAACCUAUCUACAUCACAAGGAAAUCAAGGCUGCACAGGGUAUAAAGAUCACAGCACAUGUGAUUAUUCUUGCUAAUCCUCCAUGCUUUUUAAGCCCUAAGCUCUUUGGAAUUGAACUGGUUACUGAUGAGGUCCACAUCUGAAUUGAGAUUUCUUAAUUUUCUAAUAAAUGUUUUAUGCUGGGCCUUGAGCAUGCUAUUGCUGGUACUGGUCUAUAUGUGGUGGGCCCUAAUGAUGACUUGGAAGGUAUCAAGGAAAUAACUAUGGAGGAUAUGAAGUCUGUCAUGAGCAGGGUUGACAAAAGUAGUGAAGGAGUUUGUGUGCAAGCAUCUACUCUUGGUUCCUUGGAAGCAUUGCUGGAGUUUCUUAAAACCCCAUAAGUAAAUAUUCCUGUUAGUGGUAUAAGCAUAGGCCCUGUACACAAGAAAGAUGUCAUGAAGGCCAGUGUGAUGCUAGAAAAGAAAAAGGGGUUUGCGAGAAUUUUAGCUUUUGACGUCAGAAGGUGGCCAUUAAGUAUAUUAUAUUUUGAGUUGUGCGAUAGAGAGAGAUCACACUUUUUUGGUUUCAUUGAGCCAUCAUGGUCAUCGAGAAUUGGAGCAAAUAUGGAUAAGCAGGCUGAAAUUAUCUCAGAGUGUAUCAAUUACGCAGUGAUGGGUCAAACUUGGUUAAUGCCAUACCAUUUUUUUGUCUCUUCACACAUCAAGUGAAAGACAAGAAGGAAUGAAAAAAAUUACAAGUGGAAAAUAGUCAAUUGUCCUCGUCAAACAUCAUCAGUAGAGUGCGACUUUUAUAUCAUAAGGAUUAUGAAGGACUAUUGCUUGAAUGAGACGCCCAUGCGAUGACUAACUAGUAAUGUAAGUAUUUAUAAUUAUUGAACUACAAUUCUAUUGAAUUUAAUUUCUAACUUAGUUUUUUAUUUUGUGCUUUGUACUGUGCUGAGAAGAAUACAUAUACACUUGGCGAAAUUAAUGAAACUCGAAAUGAAUGGGCAGCCAAGCUUCUUGAGCGGAUGAGUCAUAGCUAGAGUAACUUUUGAAAUCAGAAUUAAAAAAAUAUACUAAUUGUAAUUUUUAGUUAGCACUUACAUAGUUAUUGCAAGUAUAUUUUGAUCUUGUAAUUUUUAGAUUUGGAACAUACUAAGUUCUAUUGAUUUGUCUGCCUAUUGAUUCUGACUGAACUAUGUUGUAAUUACAUAGGAAAUUAUGAAUGAAUAUAGUGGUUGGAAAUAGAAAAAUUAAAAAAUUCUCAUACUCUA